AUGGAAGCUCUCAAGUCGACGGUUCAUCAGACGUUCACUGAGAACUUGGCCCCGGCAUACAGCUCCACUGGCUCUCCUACGCUCGACGCUUUCCAGAGUCUCACACGGUAUUCGGAUGCUUCCGAGAUUAAGAAGCAUCUCGACAAUGCUUGGAAGGAAGAUCCAGCUCUUGCUUUAAGAAUCAUCUGGUGUUUGAGGAGCAUCCACGACGGCAAGGGCGAGAAGGAGGCAUUUUAUAGGGCGUACGGUUGGCUCUUCGAUCACCACCCUCGAACUGCUAUCCUCAACCUCCCCCUUCUUGUCAAGCCGGUCUGCACCACUCCUCCGAAGAAAGGGAAGGAGAAGGAAGCCAAGUCGCACGGCUAUUGGAAAGAUCUCCUCAACAUUCUUGCUCUCGCCACCGUCGACCAAGUCAAGCAUUCUCCAGACGUUGUCGCUGCUCACAUCGAAGCGGCCAGACUCUUCAAUGAGCAGAAGAAAGCUGAAGCAAAGCAGAAGAGGGACAUCGUGAGGGCACAACAUUAUGAACGUCUUGUGGGGAAGCUUGCACAGCCAAAGUACCGCGCGCUGUAUAUCGCCGUCUCCCGCCUCUUCGCUGAGCGCUUGGGAGAGGAUAUGCGUAUCCUUGACGAGAUUAGCGGUCUUGCACCGGACGUGGACCGAAUCCCCUACCUCAAGAAAAUCUCACUCGCAGGGAAAUGGGCACCAACUCCACGGGGCUCCCAUGAUCGCGUCACUAAUAUCUCCACUGCCAUCUCUCUUCUCCUCCACCACAAUAAAACUCCCGACGGCGGCUUUCCAUCCGCUCUUCAGACAUCAUUGGAACCUAAGCGCUGGAUCCUCAAGCCACUCCGUCAAGCUUCUUCCUGCCCCGAGCCUCUCAUGUCCGCCAACCGCUGGACUGAAAUUCGUUACAAUCGGGUUCCCUCUAUCUGCAUGAAGAACAACACUGAGCACUUCUUCAAGCAUGAUCCUGACGGCUUCCAGAAGUACCUAAUCUCAGUGGAGAGCGGGAAGAAGACCAUUAGCGGCGCGACCCUACUUCCUCACGAACUGGUCGCUGAGGCUUACUCGUGUGCAGCUGACUCUGAUGGUGGAAAGUACCCACAGCUGGCAGAAUUCAAGAAGAGCCUGGCUGAAACAAAACUGCGAGUUGUCGAGGCUCAGUGGAAGACCUUGAUCAAAAACUUGCAGGACUCUGGAUCCAUCGAGAACUCCAUCGCCAUCUGCGACGUCUCUGGAUCCAUGGGCUCGAUAUCCUCCAAAUUUAACAAACGAGACGUUGAGCCAAUCCUCCCCGCCAUCUCCCUCUCCCUCGUCCUCGCCUCCCUCUCCAAGCCACCCUUCAACGGCGGGUUCAUCACCUUCUCCGCCCAUCCAAAGUUCGUCCAGUUGGACCUUACAAAGUCGCUCUAUGACAUCGUCAACGAAAUGGAACGCUCUCAGUGGGAGAUGAACACAGACUUGAACGCCGUCUUUCUCAAGCUCCUCCUCCCGCUCGCUGUGAAGAACAAGGUGAAGUCGGAGGACAUGAUCAAGCGUCUUUUCAUCUUCUCUGACAUGCAGUUCGACGCUGCGGAGAACACGUGUUCGGAUGCUGGUUCUUGGGCGACGAAUUACGACGUUAUUGAGAAGGCGUAUAAUGAGAAGGGGUAUGAGGUGCCGCAGAUUGUGUAUUGGGAUUUGAAUGGCUUUGGGGCAAAGACGUUUGAAGUGGAUAGUGGGAGGAAGGGGGUGGCGAUGAUGAAUGGGUUUUCGCCGGCGUUGUUGAAGGUGUUCAUGGGGGAGACUGAGGAAGUUGAGGAGUGGGAGAAGGUUACGGAGAAAGGGGAUAGCGAGACGGUGGUGGAGGAGAAGGAGGAGGACCAGUUCACUCCGGUGAAUGUGAUGAAGAAGGCGUUGUUGAAAAAGAGCUUUGAGGAGCUCGUUGUUGUCGAUUAAGUUAUUCUGCCGUUCCUUGCUAGCUAUCUAACCCCACUCAUAUCACACCCCACACUUCGUCAUACUGUAUUACUAGUCACCUACAUACAUACCCCGCUCACUUGUAUAUAUCUUGUACAUAUAAUAUACGCUCGUUAAGUUCGCUCUC